GAUAUUGAUUCUGUUACUUGUGUUUUAUUGGUAUUGGGGGUAUGUGGAUUUCGGUGAAGAAAACUGCCAUCUGUGUCUGAUAUGGAAACAUUUCCAACUUUCACUGGAUUCAAAUGUGGUGGUUAUGAAAAGCUGUUAGCUUAUUGUUGUUUUAAGCUUGUACAUAAAAAGAAAUUUGAGAGAGAAUAUAAAACAAAAAGGAAGCCCAACUAGGGAACCCAAUAGUGUCUGCCAAGGAAUCUUGCUGGUCCUUGAGUUCAGAGAGCUAACCCUGUCCCUCGAAUGCCCAAUUUUUGUUCCCUCACCAGGUCUCUUGGGAGAAGGGAAGCAGAAUGGGGGAGAACUGCUGGAUAUGAGGCUAAUUCCCAAAGUAACUGGUAGAGUGCAGGCUGGCUGGCAAGGGCCAAGAAAUGAGGUGAAGGUCUCUAGGGAAGCUUCAAGCAGAGAGCUAAGUGGUAUGGCCUCAAGAGCAGGGAGACAUUGUGAUUUAGUUAGGUUUGCAUGAAUAGGUGACUGUUUCUGUUUCUUAAAGCCAGAUGCAAGUCCUUCGGGCUCAGGCCUCUGGUUUCCUCAGGAUUUAAGGAUCUUGGUCAUGUGUGUGGGUUCAUUGGUAUUCUGAGCUGGGAGGAGAGGGAAAAGCAGCCACUUGUGGCACAGGACUGGGCCUCCCAGAGGGCCCAGGUAAGAGGAUCAGGCAUAGGCCUGGCCUGGGCUCCCAGAUAGACCCCUUGGCGUCUUAGCAAGAGAAAUUCAUCGCCAGCACCCAUGGCGCUCGGAGCUUAUUCGCAACGGGAAAAUUCUCCAAACCCACUCAGACUGAAGGUCUUUUUCCCCUGUAGUCUUGGUGGGUUAUAAAUCGUCCCUUAGACAUUUUCCUCUGACCCAAAUUAUGCGUUUUGCUGCCAUCUACCGUCCAUUCAGAGACACGCGGCUUGGGCACCACCAGCCCCGAGACCCUCCCGGAGUCCUGCAGGAUUGCCUGCAGUUCCCGGGCUGCACCGUUCAGUAGGAUUCGGGCCCACACCGAUGCGCUCCACUGCAUCUUGGUUCCCAGGUGUGGAUGACUAAGUACACUAGCCUCGACCUUCUCCUGUCUCCUCCAAACCCCACUCAUCCCAGCCCCAAACCCGGGGACUGGCAGAAGAAGCGGCAUCCUGGAUUUCUAGAGGAGUAGUAACACUAUAAUCCACGGACCGAGGGUAGAUACUGAACCAAGGGGUUCAGGGUUCAGACCCACGACCCCCAUCACCACCUAAGGCACAAGCAGGAUCGGGGGCCGCUGGAGAGGUCUGAGGCCAAGGCUGUUCAAGGCUGAUUUGGUUUUCUUCUCAGCCAAGGGAGGGGGCCGGUCAUGGGAGGCGCCGACCGGGCAGUUCCACUCGGUUGUCAAAAGACAAACCGAGUCUGUGUUCAUCGAGUUGGCUUGUGGGUCUUGCCAGUUCCUAAGCUGGUGAGUCCGUGGUGACAGAGUUGAACCGAGUUUUCUGGAAACUGUUGGUGUCUGCAAGUGACUGUUAGUCCCCUCCCCCAUUCUCAACCGUUUCAAGCGAAAUCGAAAUCGACGCAAAAAUGCUUUGGUGUAAAAUAAUCGGGAGUGGGGCUAAAUCAUUAAAGAACCAAACCAUUGCAAUUUCCGUUCCUGGCGGACCCCCUCACACCCGCUUAGCGGAACGGCUUCCCCGGGAGGGGGUGGAGAGGGCGGGGUACGCGCCUCUGUCACAGCCUAUGAGUGUUGGCCCCUGUCUCAUGGGUUACUGAUUAGCUCGGGCUUUCAAGCCGCAGGAGGAAGAUCUGGCUGCUCCUUUCAAGGUGCUGUGGCCCCAAUUCCUAGGCGGGGGCUCCAGGAAAUUGCCUGUGGUGCCAGGCCAGCCGAGGUGUUACUGGGGCGCGGCGCUCGGACUAUAAAACACAACAAAUCAUAAACCCGGCGGAGCAGCAGCGGCCGCGUGCGCCUCCCCUCCCAAUGAGUUCCUAUUUCGUGAACUCCACCUUCCCCGUCACUCUGGCCAGCGGGCAGGAGUCCUUCCUGGGCCAGCUACCGCUCUACUCAUCCGGCUAUGCGGACCCGCUGAGGCAUUACCCCGCGCCCUACGGGCCGGGGCCCGGCCAAGAGAAGGGCUUCGCCGCUUCCUCCUACUACCCAGCAGCCGCCGGCGGCUACGGCCGAGCGGCGCCCUGCGACUACGGGCCUGCACCCGCCUUCUACCGCGAGAAGGAGUCGGCCUGCGCGCUGGCCGGCGCCGACGAGCCGCCUCCGUUCCACCCCGAGCCACGGAAGUCCGACUGUGCGCAGGACAAGAGCGUGUUCGGCGAGACCGAGGAGCAGAAGUGCUCCACUCCCGUCUACCCGUGGAUGCAGAGGAUGAAUUCGUGCAACAGUUCCUCUUUUGGGCCCAGCGGUCGGCGAGGCCGCCAGACUUACACACGCUACCAGACUCUGGAGCUGGAGAAGGAAUUUCACUACAAUCGUUACCUGACCCGGCGGCGGCGCAUCGAGAUCGCGCACGCCCUGUGCCUGACCGAGCGGCAGAUCAAGAUCUGGUUCCAGAACAGGCGCAUGAAGUGGAAAAAGGAGAGCAAACUGCUCAAUGCGUCUCAGCUCAGUGCCGAGGAAGAGGAAGAAAAACCAGCUGAGUGAAGGUGCUGGAAAGGGAGGGGGGACGCGAAGCGGGAACCGAGGGCACCCGGGAGCCCUAGAAGGCUCUGAGGGCGGGGGAGUCUGGGGACCUGCUCUCCAGACCCAGACAGGCGGGGCCCAGCGCUCUCCUGGACGCCCCCGCCCACAGAGCUCUCCCCGGGUGCUCGAAGGCGGCGCCGCCGAGUCCACCCUGCACCCAGCGCCUCCUCCCUCCCCGAAGAACCCGUCUGGGCCCGAUCAGGCUCCCUGGUGAGAACUGAGAAUCGGACUCACUUGAUGUUUCCUGGAAGCAGAGCAGAAUGCUCUUGUCCGUGUCGAGUCUCAUUUCGUCCAUGUCCCCCGUGCACGGUUCAAUGGUAGAUUCGCUGUCCCCUCAGCAGGGGCCUUGGAGACUCCCUGACCCCAGACUUGUCUCUCCCACCCCUUCCCCAAAGUCACUGGAAAGGAGCACAUACUACCUAGAAGUAAGAAGAAAAGCCUCAGAAGAAAACAAAGUUCUAUUUUAUUAAUUUUCUAUGUGUUGUGUUUGUAGUCUUGUCUUAGCUCUGGACGUGAAAUACUUCGGUAAUAAUAUUAAUAUUAUUAAUAAUAAUGAUGAUAAUAAAGACGUGAAAACUCGCCGCUCAA